CGGAAGUCAAGAGGAGAUAGGAGACAGCGAAAGCAAAUUCAACGGGCAAGAAGUACGUGUAUUUGCCUUCGAGUUCUUCAGGAUUCAGAGUUUCAGACGACACCAAGGCCCAAGCUAACAUUAGGCGAUGGACGAGCAAAACCAGUGGCUCACGGAGCCGGCAAGUACAUCCAGUCCUUCCAUGUAAGCUCUGAAAUCUUCGAGCAAAGCGUAUGACGAAAUGAUUAUUGCAUUGUUAAUGUCAGGAGCCUGAAGAGUUAACCUACAUGUAUCAUCAAGAAGAGCACGCCAGGAUGCAAGAGCAAUUCGCUGGGACGCCGCUCGUCGAGCAACCAGUUCGAUUUGAUCAGUUCUACCCAGCAUCCAUGGCGCCAAACCAGUUCCAUCCGUCUCACUGCUCCAGCUUCCCGGCCUUCGGUGGCUCGUCGGCAUUGCCAAGCUUGGCGUUCGGAGCGGUGGCGACGACCAAGAAGGAGCAGGUGCAGCAGCCGUCGCCUUCGUCCUCGAACGUCCUCUCCUUCGCCGGUCAGGUUCAGGGUAGUACCACCACGCUCGACUUCUCCGGAAGGGGAUGGCAGCAAGACGACGGCGUCGGCGUGUUCCAGCAGCCGCCGGAGAGGAGGAGCAGGCCGCCCGCGAACGCGCAGGAGCACGUCAUCGCGGAGCGGAAGCGGCGGGAGAAGCUGCAGCAGCAGUUCGUGGCGUUGGCCACCAUUGUCCCCGGCCUCAAGAAGACAGACAAGAUCUCCCUCCUGGGGAGCACCAUCGACUACGUGAAGCAGCUGGAGGAGAAGGUGAAGGCCCUGGAGGAAGGCUCGCGGAGAACGGCCGAGCCCACCACCGCCUUCGAGAGCAAGUGCCGCAUCACCGUCGACGACGACGAUGGCGGCAGCGCCUCCUCCGGUACCGACGAUGGGUCCAGCUCCAGCUCCAGCCCGACCGUGGAGGCGAGCAUCCAUGGCAACACCGUCCUCCUGAAAAUCUGCUGCAAGGAGAGGAGAGGGUUGCUGGUGAUGAUCCUCUCCGAGCUCGAGAAGCAGGGACUGUCCAUCAUAAACACCAGCGUCGUGCCGUUCACGGAUUCCUGCCUCAACAUCACCAUCACUGCAAAGAUCGAAGAGGGUUUUUCGACAGCGGUUGAGCUUGUAAAGAACCUGACCGUGGCUGUCAGAGGUUUCAAAUGAAGGCAGAAAAAAAAAAGGAAACUGGUGUACAGAGGACAAGUGACUAGUAUAAGUAUUAUGCAGUGGCGGAUCCAGGAAAAAAUUAUAGCGGGGCUAAACCAAAAUGAUCAAGAGCAACUAAGAGAGAUUUAGGGUUGGUUUUAGGACUUUUUUAGCCUUUUUAGCCUUUUAAGCAUUUUAACAACCUCAAACAAAGUCUAUAUUAGCCCCUCAUAUAUGAAUAUAUAGAUUAUAAUUUUAGGGGGUAUUAUGGGGGCUCUAAUGGUAUAUUAGGGGGUAGGGGGGUCUAAAGACCCUCCGCCCCCACGCUGUCUCCGCCCCUGGUAUUAUGUACGUAAAAAAUGUACAAUUGGCAUUAUAUGAAGAGACCAAAGAUGUAUUGAUUCAUUCGAAGAAGUACGUAGCGUAUAAAUUGUUCGGAUCUCAUGUUAGAU